GGAUGAGGAGCCUUGACCGAGCUCUUUUUUUUCAGGAUGUUGUGAUAAAUUUACUUCUUAUUGGUUUAAUUAAUAAUUAUGCCUCCGGGCCUUAGAGGACUAAGUUAUUCGAUUAAAGCCAUGAGCACGUGGACGACGGUUUCACCAUCAUGCAUGGCCUGGCGGGAUUCGCGACCAUGUUCGGGCUCUCGCUGGCAACUCUGCUAGCCGCGUACAAACUGGGCCCAGCCUCUGAGAAAGAGUUGGAAUUGCCCACGAAUUACAAGGAUUUUCAGCAGCAGGCCAGGGUAGUGGGGGAUUACAGUUUGAACCAUGGUUGGUACACGUUUUCCAUGCUGUGGUUGACGCAGACUUUCUGGCGAGCGUUUGGCAUUCCUGGGAUCAGGUCGCUUAGAACAGUUUCAACUGUGUUCUUCGGAGUGUUUCCGGCAUUAUGCAUGGCAGUGACUGCGAAUUUGGUGGGAUCAUAUCUUGCUUACGGCCUUUCUGAAGCUUUCCUGGUUGAUUACAUUCAGUCUGCAUUUCCGGACAGAGUCGCAUAUUUGAAAGACAGGACUCAGCGAUACGGAGAAGAUCUGUUUUUCUUCAUGAUGUCACUGAUGAUGACGCCGGGGUUCACGUUGACGUUCGCUAGUUUUGCAUCCCCGGCCAUCGGUGUGCCAAUUGACACCUUUUUGGCAGCAUCUGCGAUCGGGACUCUCCCGAGUGUGAUUUCUGCUUGUUUGGCCGGAAACGUGCUCAGAACGAUCGAGAAGCCAGAUUUCUUCUCGUUCAUCAACUUUUUGCAAAUGUUUUGCGUGGCUAUUCUGGCGUUGUUGCCGAAAUUGACGGAUUUCUACUUGACUCGGUCGCAUCCGGACACGACGGUCUUGUACCGACCGCGAGCGUCUUACAAAGUCAAAAAUCUAGAAGAGAUGGAUGGAGUGAUUUUCUGGUUCAUGGGCCUGUUCCUGUCCACUGCAAUUGUUGCCACUGUUUUCCGCAAUGCCCCACCGUUUGACCAAGCAGAUGAACUCACCUUAUUCCCAACCAGCAUUGACACAUUGAAGGUACAAGCAAAGUUGGUGUCAAACUAUGUGAAAACCAAUGAGAUGCAUUCCAUGUGGCUCAUGUUUGUGGUCUUGGUGUACAUCAAGGCGUUUACUAUACCGGGAACGAAGAGUUUGAGGAUUUUGUCCGGGGCGUUGUUCGGUUGGAAGAAGGGAAUGCUGCUCAAUAUUUCAGCUACAUUUGCUGGGUCAUUUUGCAGUUACGAAGUGGCCAAUUUCUGUUUGAGACGCCAUCUUGAGAAGCACUAUCCCGAGGCUUUGGAGAAAUUUCGGAAAAAGGUGGCAGCGAGAAAAAAUACGUUGUUCUGGUAUAUGUUAUCUUUGAUUUUGAUGCCAUUCAUACCCAACACAUUCAUUGUUGCGGCGAGUCCUGUGGUUGGAGUUCCUAUCGGUACAGUUUUGCUAGCAACGUUCAUAGGAACAAUACCAACCAUUCACGUCGAGGUUUCGGCGGGCGAAAUUCUAAAUUCGUUGCAGUCGAAGAACAUCGUCCCUUUGAAGCUACUGUUGGAGCUCAUGAUCAUUGCACUAAUCGUAGUUUUACCUGCAAUUUAUUUGGAUGACGUGAGCGAGGAAGAAAUAUCUCGGAAAGAGAUGGAAGAUGCUGAAAAACGAAGCCGAGAAGCAAGAAUCUUACAUUUUUAUGAAAAAUACUGCCUUCGCCAAACCGACUGAAUCCUCAAUCACACACCAAAAUUGAAUAAUAAAAAAAACCAGCAGAAAUACAAGAAAAUGCGAAUGAAA